GAGGAAGCGGGAACGAGAGAGAGAGAGAGAGAGAGAGAGAGAGAGGGAGGAUCUUCCCCCGGUUCCGUGUGUCCUGCCGGGUGGCGCCAGACCCGCCGCUGACACCCCGGGGUGCGAGCCCCCAGCGCCCUGAUGACCCCGAUAUCUACAGGUCAGCCCCUCACGCUGAGAGGUCUGCAAUGUCCCCUGGUGGCGGCCCUGGUCCUGACCACACUCCUGCGGCCACUGACACCCCAGGGUGUGAGCACCCCGGCGCCCGGGCCAGGGCUGGACAUGCACUUUGACCCCCGGAGGAUGACCCUGAGCUGGCGGGGUGGACGCAACGCCACCGGCCACGUCUGUGAGAUGCGGCACAAGGACCACGGGCCCACCAGGAAGAAGGUGAGUCAGAGCUGCUGCUGCUGCUGCCACUUCCCCGUCACCACCCUGCACGCCGGCGUCAACUUCACCCUGCACCUCACGGCCGGCGGGACCCCCGGCACCCAGACCCUGCUGUUCCCCAACACAGGGGUGCCGGGCUCGGCGGCCGACAAUUUCUCCUGCUUCAUCUACGAGGCUGAAUUCAUGAACUGCUCCUGGUCCCGGGGGCCGCGGGCCCCCCCGGACGUCCAGUAUUUCCUCUUCCUCCGAGACCAACGGGGGAGGCGGGAGCAGGAGUGCCCCACCUACGUCGCGGACGCAGACACAGACACCCACGUCGGCUGCCACCUGCGGGACCUGGGCGCCCUCAGCAGCUUCACCUACUUUCUGGUCAACGGCUCCAGCCGGCACUCGGACGUCCAGUUCUUUGACGCCCUCCUGUCACUCAGGAACAUAGAGCACUACAGUCCCCCCCAGAACAUCAGCGUCACCUGCAGCCUGACCCAGUGUGACGUGGGCUGGGAGACACCCAGGACACACGGACGCUUGGACAGGCGGGACCUGCUGUAUCAAUUGGACAUCAGGCUGCAGAGCAAGACGCGGCCCCCCGAGACCAACCUGGUGCAGGUGGAGGGCGGCCGGGCCAACUGCUUCUCCUUCCCCAGCCGGGAGCCGCGGGGCCGGGGCGCCGUGAGGGUGAGGACGGCCGAUGCCCGCAGCCCCUCCUGGGGCGCCUGGAGCCCGACCGUCCGCUUCGAUCUUGUGGGACCCGAGCUUGACCUGCGGGGUCCAAGGUGACUCGGAGGACCUGGUCAGCCUGAAGGAGGUGACCCCGGCCCCGGCCGGCCCCCCGUGACACGCCCGGCACCCAGCGCCCCCCUCCCCGCCUCCGCACCCCGUUUCCUGUACCCAGCACCCAGCACCCAGCACCCCCUGCAUCCCUCCUUCCCAUCUCAGUGAUGAUGCUGGGAGCCAGCGAGAGAGAGAGAGAGAGACAGAGAGAGACAGAGAGAGAUCACAGAGAGCUUCCCCUGGCGCCGCGGCGCCUGUCCAUGUGGCGCCAGGGCUCCCCCCCGUCUCUCCGCUGUCCUUCCUUCCUUCCUUCCUUUUUGUUUGAAAUCUCUUUGAGGGUUCACGUCUCCGUUUCCUAAAAGCCGACACGUCGGUGU